CGAAUUGGUUUCAACUUACAUCAAAAAAACAUGUAAACAUGGCAAUUUGAAUUUCGUAUUUGGAGUUCGAUAUCGAAGGAUCUUUCUACCACAGUAAACUUAUGAGGAGGUUUUGUGUUGGUAAAAAAAACCAAAGCUUUUUGGGAAAAGAUGAAGCAAUGUCCAAAGGCUAUGAAAGAGGAGCUGUGAAGAAGCAUUGAGAGAAGGGUUGAAAGAAGAAUGUUGAUUCAUCAUCUGCGUCCCUUUCCACUGAAUUCUCUGUCUCCUCGUUCUCUCACCAUCUCCACUGCUCUCUCUUCUUCUUCUUCUUCUUCAACGAAGCAACACAAGCUUUGGUCUGGUCUGGAAAGCUGGAGAAAGAGUCCUGUCAAUGACCUCCGUCUCUGGGGACCUACGGGUCCUCUCCUCCCUUCUUCCGACUCCGUUUCCGCCGACUUCUCCGCUCAGGUCUCGGCGGCGUCUUCUCUCGCCGAUCUCGGAGCUCUCGUCCUCUCAACCUCUGACCCUCUCUCCAAAUCUCAUAUCUCCCAUUUAGCUUUCUCGCGUUGGCGACGUGAGAAUCUCCCCGUUGGUUCAAUCUCACAUCUUCCUUCUUCUCCUGCUCGUCCUCCCAAACCACUCCUCGUAGCGACGAACGAAGUACCAAAUCCGAAAGAUUCGAAGCUUCCUCUCAAUGCUCAUAUGCUUCACAACCUCGCUCAUGUCGAGCUCAAUGCUAUUGAUUUGGCUUGGGACACUGUUGCUCGUUUCUCCCCUUUCUUCCACCUUUUGGGUCACAACUUCUUUGAUGACUUUGCUCAUGUUGCUGAUGACGAGAGUCGCCAUUUCUUGUGGUGUUCCCAGAGACUCGCUGAGCUUGGUUUCAAGUAUGGAGAUAUACCGGCUAAUAACUUGCUCAUGAGGGAAUGCGAGAAAACAUCCAACAAUGUUGCUGCUCGCUUGGCUGUUGGUGUAGACUGGUUUCUCUCUGUUUGUCAAAAGAUGAACCGUGCUCCUUGCCCUACAUUUAAAGAUCUGAUCAAAGAGUAUGGUGUUGAGUUAAGGGGCCCUUUUAAUCACUCGGCUCGGGAGGUGGCUGCCAUUCCACGAGAUUGGUAUGAUUCAUCAUGUGUCACAGAAGUGGAUAAAGGCGCUACCAUACAGGAUGACAAGGAGCAACUCUCUGCAGUUUACGAUAGGCUCACUCACAUAAUCGAAAUGGAGAGUGAGAAUUCAAGUCUCGAAAGGCCAGACAAAUGAUAUGAUGCGGUCAGAGUCAUUAUUUAAUGGCGUUAUAACUUAUGAAUGAGUGUCAGGCGUGGUUUCUUGGGAUCUGAAAGUACAAAUUAAUGUGUUCUCAUACGAAAUAGUUCAAACCUAGCUCUAGCUUAGAAUUUUCCUCUCUUAGUGCGGCUAUUGUUUAUGGUGAUUUCACGUCUUUGCUUCUUGUGCAUGCGUGACUAUCACAGUGGAAAUUCACAUGAGAGUUGAUCCAAGCAACCACUUUAUGUUAUAAAUUUGCUCGCAUCCAAGAGAGGUUCGAAUUUAACCGAGUACAGAAAUUUCGAAUUUGUCAACUUGUCUUCUUCA